AUGGUCAAUGUAGCUGGCCGUUCGAAAGGAUGCUCAACCUGCCGCAGACGCCGUGUCAAGUGCGACGAGACCCAUCCUACUUGUCAAAGAUGUGAAAAGGCUGGUUUCCAUUGCGAUGGACCACAAACGACCGUCUUCAUACAAGGUAAGAUUGUCAAGUCUAGAAGGUCGCAGAAGCCAAAGAGCAGCGUGGCAGACACAGAUACUACGACAGUAUGGAGAAGGCAAAGCGUGGAAGAAUCGACAUCGGCCUCUCCUGACCACCAUCUUACAAUUCCCGAAGUCAAGAUCAGGCUCAACAAGAAUGAGGUCUACAUCUGCUAUUUGCGCCGCCAUCUGCUCCCCAAUGGUCCCAUCGACCUAGGGCUCCAGGAGCUCCAAGCCCCGGACAUCGGCAUAGAGUAUCCAUCGACAAAAACAGCAGAUGCUCCACUAUUUGUCCAAGCUUCGCUUAGUUUCGCUACCCUCUUCUUCGGUUCGCGAUAUCAACAAAAAGAGAUUCUCACCCAGGGCUACGCUAUACACGGUGUAGCUCUCAAACGACUGAAUCAAGCUUUGGGUCUACCAGAACGCCGUACGCACGACGAUGUCAUCGUUUCCGUUGUCAUUCUGACAAUGCUUGAACUCUUCAUACCUACUGGCCCUAAGAACUGGCUCAAACACAUGCUUGGAUUGGAACAGCUUCUGGCGUUACGUGAUCCGGAAUCUUUGGUAUAUGCAUCGUUUCGAACGCUGGAGCUGUACAAAGGUGUGCGACACAUGAUACUGAUUGCAUCCUUGAGGAACAGAACACCUUCUAUCUUUGCGCGACCGCAGUGGAAGACUGUAUUGAGGACAGCACUUUCGUUGGAAACUCCGGAAGAACAAGAUUUACACGAUGUGCUCGCAGAUUGCUCGGUGCUAAUGGCCAUUAGCGAUGAGCUUUUCAAAUCUCGGCAUGUAUCUGGCUCAGGAUAUUCACGACGACGAAUGGAAAUCCAGUGCAGAUGCCAGGAAUUGCUGUCAUUUCUCGGAGCCUGGAAACUCAGAUGGGAUAAUAAUGAAGAGAACUUCUAUAUCGAAGAAGAUUAUGUCGAAACGGACACAGCUGGGACACCGUCACGUACUAUUUACAGGUUCAUGAACGACUCAGUCGCGCGGAUGUUGAUGUUGUACAACACAGCUCUGAUCUACGUACUCAGAAUCAUGGCUACAUUGGAAGUUACACAGCACAGUCCUUACCGUAGCCCGAACGAUGUCUUACAAGGAGGUGCAGACGCAAAUAUCAUCACCGAGAGUUCUUACUACCCCAUCAUCCAUGCAGCAGGGCUGGAUGUCGCCCGCUGCGUCAAGGACUACUUACAGCACAAACGUGCGCGUGGAGACAUGGACUUUGCUUCUCCUGUCGUUCAGUGGGCUGUGAUUACUGCCGGGAAGGCACUCCUCUCUGAAGAAACCGAAUGGAUGGUUGGAUUCUUGGAAGGAGACGCCACGUUUGACGUGGCGAAGAGGGCGUGGGAAUUCUAA